AUGUCGAGCAAGUCUGUAUCUCGGCGUGGGCGAGCUUGUGAUGCAUGCCAUACGAUAAAAAUCAAGUGCGAGCUUGGUUCUACUCACGGCGGCGAUCCACCUUGCGAAAGAUGCAUACGCUUAGGAAAGCAAUGUUCAGUAACUACUCCUGUGCGCCAAAAAGACCGAAUAGCAGAAUUAGAGGCCAGGAUUGAGGAAGUCACCAAGUUACUACGGUUGCAAGAGAUACAAGAACCCUCCUCACACAAGGCAAACGUUGUUGAAGACCGUGGGAUAGGCUCUGCGAACCAUGAAAACGGCGUGCUGGAUAUUGACCACGUGCUUCCUCGAUCGAUUCAGAUGCAACUGCUCGAGAAGUACCGCUCUGACAUCGAGCCAGUGUUUCCUUUCGCUAUUAUCAAAAGCUAUGAGACUUUGCGUGGAGAAUCCCCUGUUCUGCUACAAGCGGUCAUAUUUGUUGCCAGUCUAGGAAGACUUUCGACAGAUAUUCAAGAUGAGCUUACUUCACUCGUCAUGGAUUCCCUUACCCCAGAUGAAAUCGCUAAAGCCAAAAAGUCUAUUGAAAUGGUCCAAGCAAUUUUGAUUGCCUCCUUCUGGUACCGCCCUCCUAAAAGCCAAAUUCAUACGGCCAUAGACAGAUUCCUUAAUCUUGCUGUCGGUAUUGCAGAAGACAUUGGCAUCUCAACAUCAGAUUGCGCAUUGGGCGCUACUUCUUCAGAUCUUGGCGACCGAAUAAGUUCAACUGAUGCCUGGAGAACGUGGAGUCUAUGCUAUCUCCUUUCUACCAGUCUUAGCAGCUGCAUGAGAAUAUCCCCCAAAAUAUCGUGGAAUCCGGAACUGGAGAUGAAGCUUUCAGCGUUGGAGUACGGUAGAGACGCGAUAGGAACUGACAGGUUGCUCUGCCAGUUCGUCCAUGCUGAGAAGCUCUGUCAGCAAAUCAUUCUAGAUGCCGGGUACAAUGGAAAUGAGUCGACGCUGGAGGUCACCGAUCAUGCGACUUUUCAGCGACUGCGGAAUUUCAUCACAGAUAGGAAAGCUCAAGUCUACACGUCACUGAGAUCUUCGAGCUUGAGCUUGUAUGAACAUAUUCCUGCUCUAUUCCUCCAUGAGUGCAUCUUGCACACUCCAACCAACAAUAGCUCCUUUGCAGCACCAUACAUUGCUGAACGUCUCUCCUUGACAGACUUUCCCUCACCAAUGGUGACUCCCGACCAUGUUGAUUGUCUCUACAGUCUCCGCGAUGCAUGUCAUUGUGUAUUAAAUGCCUUCCUGAGCGUUCACAUCAACGUCCUGACGUCCUCACCAAUGAUUGUUUUGAAUGCCAAAGGAUUGUACGCUAUGUGGCUUCUGAUUAAGCUAUAUGUCGCCACGACAGCAUCGGGUAAUACGUAUGGCGCGUUCAUCGACCCCGAAAGCUUAGAUUUGGAGACAUAUCUGGGAAAACUAGCUCAUACGGGAGAUGCCCUACAAGCAAUCGAUCCCGUGUGUGUAGUCGGGAAAGGGCUGCAGUCUACGAAGAGGCUGAUGGAAUGGGUAUGGAACUAUAAUACCAUACGGGCCAGUCAAUCAUAUAUAGUCUCUUCUUCGACUACUUUGAUUGAUCUGGGAUUGGAGACUGUAGCUCCGUGGAAAGCUGAUGACCUCGACUUGAAUGCAUUAGAUACCAAUGCGUUAGAUUAUGGGUUGGAAGAUCUGUUUGGUACAGACUACAUUCCCUAG